CCCAAAUUAUUCUCGGGCUAACAAAUCCCUAACAGGCUUUUCACAACACCAAAACCCUAACCCUUCAAAAAUCAGAAAACGUCUCUGUUUUCCCCCAUUUUGCAGUGAUGAGUAAGAGCAAUGGCAAAGAAGCUGUGAAACCCAAAGAGGAGGAACAAGAUGGCAUGUCUGUUCAUUCUCCCUGCAAACCUCCUCCUUCCUCCGCUUCAUCUCUCAACAAGGACAUAGACCAGGUUGAAUUGGAGCUGAGACUAUUGGAAGCUCUUGAAAUUUAUCCUCCAUUGAAACUUCAAGGAGUACAUCGUCACUUUGUCCUUUAUGGUCUGAUGGAAUAUUUAAAGAGGAGUUUUGACAGACACUUCACUGCUGACGAGGUCCUUGAAUUGCUGGGACGGUUCUACAACAUAGAAAUGCUGAAAUCAGACGACGAUGAGAUCGAUGUGCUUAAUAAUGAAGAAGAUUUCAGCUUGCCUCAAAGUUUCUUUUCCAAGGACGAAUCCUGAGCUACAAAUUUUGUAAAGAUGGUUAUUAUUAUAUCCCGUCAUCGUCUUCUCCCCUAAUUUUGGGUUGGAUUAUGUUUCGAUGGUGGUUCUUCAUCGAUUCUGUUAACUUAUUGUGGUUCCGAUAAUUCUGUCCUCAGAAUAAUAAUCUCAGUUUGGGCUGCUUAAUAAUGUAUUUGACUGCAAUGAUUUGGGUAUAAUAAAGCAUUUAAACUUUAGGGUAUA